CUGACCUGAGAAUUUGGGCAAAAGUGAGAGUAGAAAGGAAUUUAGCUGGGAGGGAAUUGAAGUUUAGUAUGUAGAUGAGGAAAAAUGGAUGGGAUGGUGGAUUGAGGUGGGUUGGAAGAGGGUGGAAAGUGGUGGGUUAGGGGUUGGGAAUGGAGGUGAUUUUGUGCUUGUGUCGAAUCGUUUAGUUGGGCUCAAGAUGGACUUAUCGAUUAAUUUAUAGCAUAGUUUAUUGGAGGUUGUUAGGUAUAGCUUAGUGGUUGUCUGGGUUUUGUUAUGAUUUGAUUGAGGAUUUUAUGAAUACUUUGAAUAGUGAAGGAAGGUCUAUUUCAGGGAUCCCAAUUCCAGUGUCUGUUUCACUGAGUUCAACCCUCAAUUUCUUAGUGAAUUCUGAUGGUAUAGAAUCUUCUUAUUGGUUUUGAACCUGCAACAUUUUUACAUUUUGAUGCUUAUCAGCCUCGCAUUCUGUGUUGAACUUUGAUGGAUUUGGAACUGAUGUGUAAUUAUCUGUUACAA